CCCUCCGUGGUAGCAGGAACUAAUUCCCUUUCGGGUCACCGGGGACCUGAGGGUUGAAAUUUCAGGGCCAGAGUUCCCUCUGACUCUUGGGAGAGAGGUCCAUCACCCCAAGACAGAAACCCCCUGCUAGCUCAAAAGCGGGGUUCGAUUUAAAAUAGGGCUUUGGCCCCAUGACCCCAAUCAAGCCCCGCCCCUUCCUGGUUGUCUUAGCGACGGCAGUGGCGUCCCAAGAUGGCGUCGUGGCUGCCGGAGACUCUGUUCGAAAUUGUAGGACAAGGCCCAGCGCCGAGCAAAGACUAUUACCAGUUAUUGGUCACCCGGUCCCAGGUAAUCUUUAGAUGGUGGAAGAUCUCUCUGAGGAGUGAGUAUCGAUCAACAAAGCCUGGAGAAGUGAAAGAGUCUCAUGAAGUGUUCCUAGACAACUCCCAUCUUCAAGUUCAAAUUGCCUUAAUAUUUGGUGCAAGAAUAUUAGACUAUGUCUUCAAUUUAUGUGAAGGUAAAUUUGACUUCCUUGAACGGCUCUCAGACAAUCUGCUCCUGAAUAUCAUUUCUUAUCUGGAUCUUGAAGAUAUUGCCAGGCUUUCUCAAACAUCACGCAGAUUUGCGCAGCUGUGCACGUCUGACAAACUGUGGGAGACAAUAGUGCAGUCUGCCUGUGACACCGUCACGCCGGACAUGCGGGCCCUGGCCGAGGACAUAGGCUGGAGGCAGAUGUUCUUCACCAACAAGCUGCAGCUCCAGCGGCAGCUCCGCAAGAGGAGGCAGAGACAAGGGAGCCAGAGAAACAGUACAUUUUAGGGACACAUUUGCUUACCCGCGGGGGGGCGAGGCAUGGCUGUGGUUUCCUUCCGUGUCCAAAUCUCUUCCGUUUCCUUGGACUAAGAACUCAGUCUUGA